GCCGAACAACUUCCCGGCUUCAAAUUUGUAUCAGCAUAACGUUGUACUAGAUCGAGGUGAUUAUUAAUUGCGGCAAUCUACUUGACUUACCUCUUGAGAAGCCGUAGCGCGUAAAGGUGAAUCCAAACUGAUCCAAGCAUUUUCACAUCUGGUUUGUCGCACCAAGAGAGCUUCGCCAGGGCAAAUUUCCGCAUUCACUUACGCCGCCGAUAUUGCACUCCCAACCCGACAGAGAAUAGAAGCAAUGGCAUCUCAAUCAUCACUCAAAAUCCCCUCGACGAUGCGAGCUUGUCAAUUCUCCUCAACAAAGGGCGGCCUGGAGAAGAACCUCGUCCUCAACGAGUCGGCUUCCCUGCCGCCACACGAUGACCGCGCGCUGGGCAAGGACAAAGCGCUAGUUCAAGUUCUCGCCGCAUCGUUGAACCCAGUGGACUACAAGCUCGUCGAGUUGCCUGUUGUCGGGCGUCUGGCGGUGAAGACUCCGAGUUCGCCUGGUCUGGACUUGGCAGGACGGGUUAUCGCGCUUGGGGCAGCAAACACGGCCGCCGGUCUCGAGGUCGGACAGCUUGUCUUCGGCAGACUCGAUCAGCCCACGCAGUUUGGCACGUUGGCUGAAUACACGGUUGCACCGGUUGGAGCUCUGGCCAAGAUCCCCGAGGGCGUCACCGUGCAAGAUGCCGCGUGCGUGGGCACUGCCGGGUUGACCGCUUACCAGUCCAUUGCGCCUAAUGUGAAGCGUGGAAGCGGAAGUAGGGUGUUCAUCAACGGUGGGAGCGGAGGCACGGGUGUUUGGGGCAUUCAGAUCGCAAAGGCACUUGGGUGUCAUGUGGUCACGAGUUGCUCGGGAAAGAAUGCGCAAUUUUGCAAAGAGCUGGGCGCGGAUGAGGUGGUGGAUUACACGAGCGAGGACGUCCUCGAGGCGCUGAAGAAGAAGGUCGGUGUGUCGGGGCAAAAGUUUGACCUGGUGGUUGAUAAUGUGGGAACUUCUGCUGGGUUGUAUUGGAAUUGUCACCUGUUCACGAACGACGGGGCAAAAUUUGUGGUAGUGGGCGCCGAUCCGAGCGGUCGCACAGCUUACGAGAUGGCGACGAAAAUGCUCUGGCCUGGAUUCCUGGGUGGAGGAAAGAGAAAGAUGGAGGUGAUGAUGGUUCAGGAAAAGAGAGAGCAACUGGGUGAGAUUGGAACUUGGUUGAAGGAGGGCAAGGUCAAGGCCGUGGUCGAUCAGAUUUCCAGGAUGGAAGACGCCGCGAAGGCGUUUGAGAGACUCAAGACGAACCGUGCGAAGGGAAAGAUUGUGGUUGCCGUGAGCGAGUGAAGAUGCUGAAGAGGGUCUGCAAUGCGAAGUGUGUCUCGUGUCGACAGUUCGUGUAGCUGGAUACGGGCGACUCGAAGUUGCUCGAAAGUCUACGGCCGCAUGGUCUGGCUAGGGCAGGGCAAGGCUGUGGAAGAACAUCUGACCGCCGGAUGUAUGAUCCCUAGGUAGAGGUGCAGGAACACGAGGGGAGGUUGUGGUUUGUUGGGAUGUGGAAACGAGGUAUUGCGACAUGCGGC